AUGGAUGACCGUCACCAGUUUUUCGUCAUUGCCAAAGCUGGCCAAUACUACCGUUCGCUCGCCGCAGUUCGUCACUCGUGCCUUUGGGGCAUCACCACACUUCGACAGUGUCUGCACGUCCUCCACAUCUUCUCACACAGCGAGAACCGCCUUGCGCUGCAGCAAGAGCUUCGCUUCGCCAAAGAGUACUUUGGUGACAGACCUCCCCCGGAGCCGACCCCACGCGAAUCCAGUUGGUACACCAGAUUUGGACCAUGUCCUUUCCCCUUCAUCACCACCUGUCUGAUGAUGGGUGCUUCUCUCAACCCGGAUACAUUGCAUGCAUACAUCGUCACUGAGGAGCCUUUCGGCUACCCCUUUGAUAUGGGGCAGUCUCGUCACGGCAUAACCAUCCUCGAUAUCACUGAUUUGGACAAUGUCAAAUAUUGCUUCGUCCACUUGGCAGCUACCAAUCCGGAGUCAGGCCUUCCAUGCACCCCUUUUCAACCACUCACAGGCUGGCAAUAUAUUAAGAGCUACUACCCGGAGGACGAUAUGAACACCGAAAGAUCCAUGGACCUUGCUAACCCCCUUGAGGAGAAGUCUCUUAUUGAUGUCCAAGUUCUGGCUGAGACAUGGCCAUGGGGCACUUGGUCCGAUGAUAGGCCAGCCUUGCGGGCCGCAAGCCCACCAAGUCUUCGUCAAAUGCCAAGGAGUUUGUUGGAAAUGAGUGUGGAGAAGGUCGUCGAUGCCAUCAUAUCAUCGGAGUUCGUCAGAGACUUCAUAGCAGUCAGAAAUACACUUGAAGUGCUCCCCAACAUUCAGCUCCUCUUAAAAGAGCCUCUACUCAGGCGAGCUAAGGACGUCAAAACGACACCUUCCCUUUUACUCCUGGCCCUCGCCUACCAGGGUGAGCACACUCUGGAUUUGGCGCCCUUCACCAGGCUCAUACUGCCUGAUAUCGAGUAUAUGCUGAAGAGUGGUUCAUUCUCUUCUGUGAAAACCAUAAAUUUGUCCGGUUUGCUUACCCCCUGGUGCAUCUCAAAGCUAUCAACAGUCCUGUCACAUCUACCCGCUUUGAAAACGCUCUGUGUGCUAGACAAGCCAGGCCGGCCCGAUGAUACUCUAGCUUCGAGAGCCAUCGCCCAGCUUACAUCAUUGAACCCGCAUCUAAGGCUCAACAAGAUUCUAAUCUCCGGUCUGUUCUCAAUUCCCUUCCGUGGCAUCCCCUGGAUUCCAGAUAUGAGCCACGCCUCCAGCGCACUUCCGGGAUUUCCAAGUGUCCAGCUUCUAGUCUACCACAGAAGCGAAGCUAUUCAAGAGCGAGUGGCACCAUACGAACACUUUUCCCUGGGUGAUGCACUUCUCAACCCAGCCCGGCUUGUGAACAUUAUUUUGCGCUACUGCCAAAUUCUGAUAGCCAAUAGAUUCCAGAUGGGGGGUGGCACCGGAUACCAACUCGCCGUGUGCAUUGCAACCGCCUCCUCAACGCCGGGCAGCUCGGAAACAGGUGAGAUCGGGGUAAUCCCAGCACAAACUUACAUAUACGGCAAGCAUAGCCACCACUCCUCCACAGCCGUGGGCUGCUAUUCAGACAUGAGAGACCUCAGGCCCGGACAGUGGACUAUCCUCAUGGUCAGAAACCUCCCUAGAAUGGGGUAUGGCAGCCCGGGUGCCAGUUUUGAUCGGGGCUUCAUGUAUGCCUUCUUGCGUUGCAGAUCGGUAAUUCCUGCGAGAACACCGCCCGGAGAGCCGAUUGAAAUCGACGAGGCGGAUUUGGAUGUCUUUAGCUUUGAAGGAUUUCUGCGAGAAACCUGCCAGUUUGCCGACCCUGUGGAUUUCGAAAGUUUUCUCCGGCCACUACGGGAAAUGUCUGGGAGGAGCCACCUCCUCUACCCGAAUCUUCACGACGUGCUUCGGUGUAUGAGUGCUCGGGAAGCGAGCCACUUGCUUGUUAAAUUCAUGGAAAACAUCCCAAAUGUGGAUAGAGCGAAGGAAAAGACGUUCACAUUCGCCUAG